GGUAUUCUUCAUCAAGUUUAUUUAACCAUCGUUCAUAUUGACCCACCCAAAAUGUUAUUCCGUGUUAUUUCACGAAAUCGUUAGAUUUGUAACAAUCUUCCAAUUAAUUAUACACGUGUGCAAACACAAUUUUAGAAGGAACGGUCAGACGCGAGAAAACUCCCAUCACUAUGACAGCUGUCAUGUUGACAAGUGAAUAAAAACGUUUUUUAGCUUUCUAAUUUGUCGAAAAAAGUCGCGAUGCGUGAAAUUUUGGCCUUUUUGUGCAUUAUUUCCUGUUGCGUGUUUGUAUCACAGGCCCAGUCCUACGACGAUAAAAGGUGCAAAUGCAUCUGUCCUAGUAUUUCUUCAGUGACAAACAGCACCGAAACGUCCCACAUGGCGCGUAUCAUGUACAUCACAAAUGUGCCCCCUAAGAAAUGUAACUGUGAUGGGGUUAUUUUGCCGCGAAUUGGUAGAGAAUUGCAAGGCAAAGAGCAGGAAUUCUGUCCCCGCUGUGAGUGCAAAUACGAGAACAGAAACACUGGAAUAAUAAAAGUGGUGGUGAUUAUUGUCAUUUGGGUGAUUUCGAUUUUGGUUAUCUACAUGGCGUUUUUGAUCAUUUUGGAUCCUUUGCUGAAUAAAAGAAUUAAAGGCAGUUAUCAGGAGCACACAAAUGAGGAUGAUGAAGCCAGUUCUGCUGGUCCCAUGUAUCAUAAUAUGAGUCUUAGAGGGAAUGUCCUCAACAGAGUGGGGCACCAGCAGGAUAAAUGGAAGAAACAAGUGAAGGAACAGAGGCGGAACAUCUACGAUAGACACACUAUGUUAAAUUAAAAAUUAUAUUUAGUUCUUCCAAUCCGUUGUUGAAUGAUUUUGUUUACAAUAUUUGAGUGUUUAGUGAGUAAACUGUUUUGUGUAAAUCAUUUUUUUAUUUUUUGUUUGUACAUACCUUUAUCUUAUGAUUCUUGAGUCUCAUAAAUCCAAACUAGUAUUUUCUGUAUACUUUUGUGAUAAUUAUAUUGUCUAAGAAA